AUGUCAUUCACCAUGCUAGGCUCAUGGUCCAAACUUUUCUCGCUCGUCUUCCUCAUCUGCAUCGCCCAUCCUGUUUGUGCUCUACCAAAAGGCGGCCAGGACUCAAAUGAUAGCAAAGGCAAGGCCACCUCCACUGCGGCAUCAGCUAGUGGCACAUUGGGCCAAGCCACAGACGGCUCAGUCAUUCUAGACAAGACAGUUCAAAUCAACGGUCUACCCAUUCGUUACCGCAUCAGCGCGCCGGCCGAUCAAUUUACCGCGGCCUCGGGCGUUCCGGGCGCCAAGGCCGAUUCCAGUCAAGCAGGCGCCAACGGCUUAAACGUCCUGCUACAUGGUGAUGGCGGUACAUCCUUCUUCGACUUCCCCAACCAAGCAGUACAGGAUGGUCUCAUGGGUGUCGUUGUCCUCGCACCUAACAACAAGCGUUUUUGGGGUGGUGGCAGCGGCUUGCAGCGUACUGAUGGCGUUGCCCAUGCCGCCGCCGUCAACUCUCUCAUUCAGAAGCAGCUGGCGCAGGACGUAGCCUUUGAUCCAUCGCGCGUCUUUUUCACCGGCGUCUCUGGCGGCUCCCUUCUGCUCUCAGGCUUCUUCGUGCCGGCCUUUGGUGCCACCUACAAGACUGGUGUUGUACUUAACUGCGGAGCCCUUACACCACAGGUCAAUGUCGUCGAUUCUUCAACACUCAUCUCAAAGAUGAAGAUUCACUUCCAGAGUACGCAGGAUGAGCUGGCCUCACUCCAAGGCGAGCUCCCUCGCGCCAUCGCCGCCUACGAAUCCCUCGCCACCGACGCCGGCCUCUCCGCCGAUCAGAUUGGCGCUCUUCAGACCGUCGACAAUUCACCCAAUGGCGGCGGCCACUGCGCCUUUGACGGUAAAGACUUCGUCUCAGGUGUCCAACUGAUAGCCUCCAACUACGCCAACAUUAUCAGCGAUAAUCCAUCAGGCAAGGUGCCCGGCAUCAAGCAGAGUGUCCUCAAGUCUGUGGUGGGUAACGAAAAGAUCUCAUUCUCCAGUGCGACAUAA